UAGCUCAUUUUGUGUGAGGAACAAGAGGGGACACGUGCAAACAAGGACAAGCGGAGCGACUGGAUUCUUCCAAUCCAUUUGGAUUAUUUCACUUAAGUACACUCAACGACUGACCUGGGAACAGCCGGACAGGUCUAGGUGCAGGAGAUUGUGGCACCCUCUUCCCAAGCUCAGCCCUCCUGAGAGAAAAGAGAGAAAGAAAGAGAGAAAAGCGCUGCAGGUUCCAGCAUGCGUGUGACCUCCUCUUUCGUCGUAGCCUCCCUGCUUCUGCUCCUGCUUCUGCCGCCGUUCGUAGAGAUGAAACGAGCGGGCAAAGUCAGAGGCCUCAGAAGAGCAAGACAAAAGCUCGCCCGAGACAGGGUGAGAGGUGUCGGCCGUCACAGCAGAUCCGACCCCCCAAGACCAGCCAACUGCUCUGAAUGGUUAGAGUCCGGGCGUGUCUUUGCAGACUGUCAAGACUGCCGCCUCACCUCCAUUCCCAGGCCGCAGACCUGGUCCAGAGCACCAAAGUACCUCCUCUUAGCACGUAAUAGGAUCAAGAUCCUCCGUGACGAAGCCUUCACCGGUUACGGGAGUCUAACCAGUCUGGACUUGCAGCAGAAUCACAUCUCAUUGGUGGAGGAGGGGGCCUUCGAGGGUUUGACUCGGCUCACAACCCUGCUGCUCCAGCACAACCGCCUGACUUCGCUGAACGAGGAAGCCCUCAUCCCCAUGCCCAACCUCCGCUACCUGCGCCUCUAUGACAAUCCUUUGAAUUGUCACUGUGACAUGGACAGUCUCGUACAAACUCUUCAGGUCCCGAGUAACCGUAAUCUGGGAAAUCAUGCCAGGUGUGCAGAGCCUCUUAGGCUGAAAGGCAAGAAGUUGAAACGGAUUGACCCCGAGCUGCUCUGCAAGAGGUUCAACCCGAAGGAAAAGCCGCAGGGUGACCAGACUGACCCCAAAGAUCCCGUGGAGCCCAGUCCCUUCCAAAACAAACCAGAUGCCAUCACAUCCUGCCACACUUAUUACUUCCCUCAUGUACGCGUGGACUGCAGUAACCGAGGUCUAACCGAGGUGCCUGCCGGUAUUCCCGAGGACGCCGUCCAACUAGAUCUCUCCCACAAUUCCAUCCGACAUCUCAAGGGCAAGAGUUUCCAAGGUGCAAAAAGUCUGAAAACGCUGAACCUCAGCCACAACAACAUGGAGCGCAUUGACACAGCUUCCUUGUUUGGGCUCCUACACCUCCGCGAGUUGGACCUGUCAGACAACAGCCUGCAUUUUGUCCAGUAUGGGGUUCUUGAAGACCUCUACUUUCUGUCCAAGCUGAAGCUGGGGGGAAACCCCUGGGUGUGUGACUACAGCAUCCACUACAUGGUGUAUUGGCUUCGACUGCACCCGGUGGUGAGACACUCCGGCCUGUUGUGUCGCUCGCCUCCCGAAUACACGGGCGAGAGUGUGGAGGAAUACGUGCGCUCCUACAACCGAGGGUGUCCCAGAGACAGACAGAAGAGUCAGCAAGACCAAACUGAGACGGACGAGCUGCUCUGGAACUCCCUGGAAGAGGUGCAGGGCGAGCCGGAAGAGGAAGUGGAACCCAGCCACUUGAGACAGCCUCAGAAGUACCAGAUUAUCAGACUGUCUUGAGGGAAAAGGUGCCAAAUGGGCUCUGUUUACAACUGUCCCCACUUACUUUCCAUAUUGUCAAAUAGUCUGUAUCAGAUGAAGAAUCUACUUUUGUGCUGUGUAAUCCCUCCAAAAUAUGGGAAUGACCUUGAAUCUUUAAAAAAGAAAUGUUAGCUACACCGCUUUGCAAGUUUAAUAGGGAUCUGUUCAUUUUCCAGUGGUGUAUAACAGUGAUCCCAAACCUUUUAUCCGCCACAGACCGGUUCAUGCUAGUACAUACUUGGGAGGGCUGAGGGGCUGGGGCAGGGGCACGUUUGCCGAUGGUACCCGGCCCGCGGGCCGGUGGUCAGGGACCACUGGUGUGUAAUUAUUACAAAUGUCACAAUAUUGUUGCUUAGUACACUCCAAUGUUGCAUAAAAAAAAAGAAACAUUGAUUUAUUUGGAAAAUCUGGUUGAUUAACUUCAUAUCUAGGUUAUGCCACGUUAACUUGAUAUUUAGGUUAUCCCACAUUAAAGUUUGCAGUUUUAAAUUUGAAUUUGAAUGUAGCCUCACUUUACUAAUCCCCACCAUCUUAAUUGUCUGAAACCAGGUAACAAGAAAAUGUUCAUUCCAGUCAACGGUUAACUGAAAUGACAAUUUACUGAGAUACAACAUUGUAUAGUACAGCUGUAGUCAAAAAUAUAAUAUUAACAUUUUUUGAAAGGGAAGAUAUAAUGUAAAAUUAGAUUUUUAAUGGCUUGUCUAUAAAUAGUUGGAUUUCUGGAGAGCCUGGCAGUCAAUCAAGUGUGAAAUUACACUAAGUAAACCUUUUGUAAUUUGCUGAUUUCCCAAAAUGUGUUGUAUUGCGGAAAUUGUUCCGCACUAUAACCUAUGUAAAUUAGCCCCACUGUGACAUAACAGUGGGGCUAAUUUAUUUGUAUUGAAUUUUAAUCGGACGGAGUUAUGAUCAUACAAGAAAAGCUGCAAUACGUUUUGUUGGCUGCACAGAGUAGCAUUAGCGAACAGUUAGCUUCUGAUUAGUGCCACAUACUUGAUUGCUUGCUGAAGUUGUUGAUGCCGUAGUGGUGCUGUACAAAUGGAAAACUCACCAAUAUGUUUCAAACUGGACCAUUCUAAGGAGGUGCAGCCGCGCAGAUUCAGGUGGAUCACAAAUGGACGGAAAUUCAGCAGGACAUCCUUCAUAAUGUCGUUUGUUAUCCAGCGCUUAUCCACUGAGACAUUGAUCUGAGCAGUGAGGAAGAAAUUUAUAUCACUAUUGGGAGUAAUUUUGCAUCUACAAAAAAAUUCCAUGUGAAGUUUAAAUGGGACUGCUACCUGUUGCGAGUCAGAAACCUACAUUUUUAAGGAGUUAUGGAAAGUUGGCCUUGCAUUGUAGAGGUAUUUUAAACUUUGGCCUCAACAAACUCAAAGGUAUAACAAUGGUCAAAUUGUGAACAAACAAUAAUGCUAACAGUUGGUAUGCUAACAUAAAACACAAAGACAGAUAAAAAAGGAUUUAACUAUUGUGUAAUAGCAUAGCUUAAAUGUUAACAUGAUAAUAAUUUCUAUGCUAAUAUUCAGGAUGAUAGCAACCUGGUUAGAAAAUUUGCUUUGGCACAUUUUACCUGUGGUUGCCAACAAUUUCCAACAAGUAUUGAUACAAUGCUAACAUGCUAACAAUUGUUAUGCUAACACAUAGCAAGAUACCAACAUACUGUAAGUAGAGGAAGUGCUGAGGCAGAGCAAUAAGGAUUUUACAUUGUGCCCCACUUGUCAGGUACGAUUUUGAAAGCGUAUAGCUUAAAUGCUAACAUGCUAGUAGUUGUUAUGCUAACAGUAUUCCACGCAUAUUGUACAAACCUUACUCCACAAAGUGCCCGAAUGGAUGAGACUUCUCCAACUGCAGCACACUUCCGAACAGCUCAGCAAGUCUCGUAGUUCCAUAUAUUCGAAGAUCUGCGGGCAAAAAAAAACAAAACAAAAAAAAAAAGUAGGAAAGUGGUACCUUGACUAACAACUUUAAUUUGUUCCGUGACCAAGCUUGUAACUCAACUUACACGUGUAUCAAAUCAAUUUUGCUCCCCGCGACCCUGAACAGGUCAUUUUGAGGAAUCCUCAUGAAAAAAGGUGAGUGAGGGCCCAUUCAUUACUGUUUGCAGCAUAGAGUAGAUUUAUUGUUGUUCUUUUUCCCUAUUAACUCUGUCUGUCCCUUAUAUAAAACCUCACUCGAUCCGACUGAAUUUCCAAUAACUCUUAAUUAUGAAGUAAACAAAGACUAACAUGCUGCUCACCUUUUGCCAGAAAAUGUGAGGCCAAAAACAAACAAGGCUUUCUUUGUUACUACUUGAAACUGUCAAAAAAAAAAACACAAACCAAUAAACCUGAGGCCCUGGUAGUUAAGGCCUCACACUGUGUGUGUGUGCGUGCAUGUGUAUUAUAAAAAUAUUGAAAUAUUAAUUUACAAAUAGUAAUAUUAAUAAUUCUCUGAAGGGCGGCACAAUGGGUUAGAGCGUCUGCCUCACAGUUCUGAGGACUGGGGUUCAAUCCCCGGCCCCGCCUGUGUGGAGUUUGUAUGUUCUCCCCGUGCCUGCGUGGGUUUUCUCCAGGCACUCCGGUUUCUUCCCACAUCCCAAAAACAUGCAUGGUUGAUUAAUUGAAGUCUCUAAAUUGCCCAUAGGUGUGAAUGAGAGUGCGAAUGGUUGUUUGUUUAUGUGUGCCCUGAGAUUGACUGGCAACCAGUUCAGGGUGUACCCCGCCUCCUGCUCGAUGAUAGCUGGGAUAGGCUCCAGCAUGCCCGUGACCCUUGUGAGGAGAAGCGGCUCAGAAAAUGAAUGGAUGGAUGGUUCUCUGAAGAGCCUGCCCAGUAACCAACCAUCAAGUAUGAAGUUACGUAAACAACCAAGUAAAACCAUUGUUAUCUGCCUAUUUCCCUAUUUCACUAAAUGUUAUUUUCAGUCAUCUGACCACACUGCCUAAAACCCUUUCGAGAGACCAUAUAAAAACUUUUUAAAAAUAGUUUUACCCUUCCCACAGGAUUUAAACACAUUUAAAAAUAGUACAACACCUAAACAUAUCAAAACACACUUUUUAAACCAUAUUUGAACUAAAAAUUGAAAGAUAAACUAUGCAGUCUGCGUACAUUGAUGUGCCUUUAAGAGGCGGAGCCUGAUGGGGUGGCGUGUGACCUCGGCAAGACUGUAUGUGAGUGUCUGAGCGUGAGCUGUGGCCGACAGCAGCUCCUGUGAGAGUGCCCCAUGUUUUACUGUUCUCAUGAUGUUCA